AAGACUUUUGUGGAGAAUGUUGUAUAUAAAGACUCCUGUUUGGAGAAGUCAGGUUUAUUCUUUUCUUUUGCAAAAAGAGUGUAAGAAGAGUGGUAAUAGUAACAGUUAUGAGCGAAACGGCUCCAGGUCACGAUGGUUGGUGAUAAGUUUGAAGCCGAUACGGAAAUACAAAAUUUAUUUGGACUCUGAACUUAUUUCGUCUUGUGCGUCUUUAGCUGGCAAGCUUAAUAUUUCUAAGAGUGAAGAAAGAGCAAAGGAUGGAACGAGCUCGUCAGAUAAGGUCCCUUUCAACUAUUAUCAGUUCUACGACUUGAAUCCAGCUGAACCUAAAAGUUGCAAGCCAUCGCUCCUAGAUCUCCACAAGUUGGAGCGCGAUCCAAAUACAAGUCCCAACUCAUUUCCUACGCUGGUUCUCAACGCUGACUUCCAACCUGUGAGUUAUUAUCCUCUUAGUCUCUGGCCUUGGUAUGAAACUAUCAAAGCUGUGCUUCUAGAGAAAGUUGUGGUUCUUGAAACUUAUGAGAAAACUAUUCGUUCGCCUUCCUUGUCUUUGAAACUUCCUUCAGUAGUAGCUUUGAAAGAGUUUAGAAGAAUGACAGGUCGACAACCGAUAUUCACUCGCUUCAACGUAUUCUUAAGAGAUGAUUUCGCCUGUCAAUAUUGUGGAAAACGUUACCGCUCCGUAGAUUUGUCGUUUGAUCAUAUCGUUCCACGCUCAAAAGGUGGACACAGUUGUUGGACGAAUGUGGUUACUGCCUGUUUUCAAUGCAACUUUAAGAAAGGUAAUCGUCUAGUCGAAGAAACCAAAGAUAUGAGGCUUUUAAGGUACCCCAGAAGUCCUACCUUUUAUGAGUUACAAGUCAAAGCCCAAAAACUGUCACCUAAAAUAUCACAUACCACUUGGAAUGCUUAUUUGAUGCUUCCGUAAACAUUUCUUUGCUCGACUCUAAAAAUGGACAUCAUUGGCCCAUUCUUCGGAUUCCGUUGUGUU